GAUAAAAUAUGUGAUGCCGAAAGAGGCGUCUUCACAUUCACAUUUCUUAUAAGGGCCCGUCAAAGGUCUGUUUUAGACAGUGGAAGCGUUAUGACUCAUGUUUGGAAAGUUAUCACUAUUUCCCCUCUUGUUUAAACCCCAGUUCUUCAAUGACGCGGCUAUUAAUAAGGAAAUUUUGGAUCUGAAAGUUCACUGUGCCAACCAAGGCUGCCCCUGGAGAAGCACCCUGAAGAACUUUGAGGACCACCAGAGUCAGUGUGAAUAUGCCCUGAUCCCUUGCAACAUUGGCUGUGGCAUAAUGGUGCAGAGGAAGUCAUUGGCUACACAUCUGGACAGUGGUUGUCCCAACAACAAGACCUCAUGUCCCUCUUGUGCAGGUGUCCUGACCCCAAGAGAACUCCAGAAGCAUGUAUGUCCCAAUUCAGGCGACAAGAAGACGACAAAGACUGAUAAACGGCAAAAGAAUAAUCACCCAAGCAGCUCAAAAAAGAAAGAGCCAUGCAUUUUCUCAGAAGUUGGUUGUUCUUUCAAGGGCAAUACAGACAGAUUAAAAGAACAUGAAUCCUGCAGCCAUGUUGGCCAUCUACAGCUUCUCUUGGAUGUGACCAGGGCUCUUCAGCGUAUCCUGAAUUCCCCACCUGAGCAAGGCCACCAUGAAAGCCCUGAUCUUCUUCAGCCUGGACAGUGUGGUGCUUCCCUCACUUCUCAGAGUGAGGGUGAGAUUGAGACCGACAGAGGAGACCCAGAUGUGAGUGAUAAGGCCCUCAGUCUCCACGACGAUCAGGCUGAACUUGCUGUAGGCCAGCAACUGGACAUCCUACAGCAGAGGGUGCAGGUUAUGGAGAACAUCAUCUCAGCUUUGAACCGAGAGGUGGAAAAGACACAGAUCAGUGUGGUCGCGCUGGAGAGGGACAAUUACAACAGUCAGCAGCUCAUUCAGCACUUGGAAACCAAGGUAGCAGAACAGCAGCAGAGACUGGUCAGGAAAGACAUUCACAUCACUUCAUUGGAGCAGUGUAUCAGCGCCCUGCAGGACGUCUCAUAUGAUGGCACCUUUCUCUGGCGGUUGUGUGAUGUCAGCCAGAGCCUGAGAGAGGCUGCCAAUGGCCAAAAGAUCAGUCAGUACUCGCCAGCUUUCUACACCGCCAGGUAUGGAUUUAAAGUGUGCAUGCGGCUCUACUUGAAUGGAGAUGGGGCUGGAAAGGGAACGCACAUCUCUCUUUUCUUUGUUAUAAUGAAAGGAGAAUAUGACCCCAUUCUCUCAUGGCCAUUCAGAUAUAAGGUCACGUUCUUUCUCAUAGAUCAGAACCAGAGGGAGCACGUCAUCGACGCUUUCCGUCCCGACCUCUCCUCUGCAUCUUUCCACCGGCCCAUCUCAGAGAUGAAUGUGGCCAGCGGGUGCCCCCUGUUCUUCCCUCUGUGGAAAUUGAGGUCGCCUAAGCACGCCUACUGCAAGGAUGACACCAUCUAUAUCAAGUGUGUGGUGGACACCUCCUCCUGAACCAUGAAGGAUUCCUAAGGGAGCAUAACUGGAUAAUUCAGGAUCUGGACAAAAUGAAUAUGGAGUGCAAAGAAACAAACCCAGAAAUAUUUAUGAACUGAACAAUUGAAGAGUUUUGUCUCGGUUGCAUUUUGGUUCUUUGGGUACAUGAAUAAAGUAAUAUUUUUAGAUUGACACCUGGCUCUUAAUGUUUUAAACACUGAUUUUUUUCUUGUGUUAUUUUGGAUAUAUAUCUGUUUUAUUUAUUAUGGAAUGAACUCUUUUGGAUUUUGACAUCAUUCUGACAGUUUUCAUAUUUUCUAUGUAAUAAUAAAUGUGUUUACUACCUUG